ACAGGUCACGAUCGCACGGGAUUAUCGCAAAAAUGACCCCCAAUUGGGUUGGUCUACUAGUCACACUUAGCGUUUUGUUGUCGGCAGUAGUUCAAGGCGGGUUCCCCACGGAUUGUGGCCAGCGAAAGCGCAAAAUCACUCAGCUGAUCGUUGGAGGAAAGCAGGCUCGCAUUGGGAACUGGCCAUGGCAUACGGCCAUUUUUCACCGCGAGGGCAUCACCUUCGAGUACAAGUGCGGUGGAACCAUCCUGGACAAAAAUACAAUCCUGACAGCCGGUCAUUGUGUACGCCUACCGACCGGAGUCAUUGACAGCCAGCAUCUUUCGGUCCAGGUUGGUCGCAAUCGGUUGCACGUGGCCGACGAUCGGGCCCAAGAACACGAGGCGGAUCGCAUUCUCGUGCAUCGGGGCUUCAAUACCGGAGCAGUCGAGCAUGACAUAGCGCUGAUCAAGCUAGCCACUGACAUCAAGUUUACGGAUUAUGUGCAACCGGUCUGUUUGUGGGACAAAGGAGACGAUCGGUUGCUGAUUCGUGAUCAGGAGGGUACGGUGGUUGGAUUCGGUGCAACCGGAAAGGCUAGUUUCUCUGAAGUUCUAAAUGAAGCGCGGCUGCCCGUGGUAGAUAAUCAAGUUUGCAUCGACAGCAAUGGCGAUGUUUUCAGGCAAACGCUCACCAGCAAUAUGUAUUGUGCCGGUAGACGAGACGGAGUUAACGCUUGUAAUGGGGACAGCGGAGGAGGAAUGUUCUUCCUGUUUGGCGAUCGGUGGUAUGUCCGGGGUAUAGUAUCUUUUUCGCCAACCAUUGGAAACACCGGCCGUUGCGACCCGCUGGAAUACGUAGCCUUUACGGAUGUUGCACGCUAUGUGGAUUGGAUAGUUCAGCAGUUGAAUUCUUCAUUUGUCGAAGCUCCUGCCCGGUCCGACGUACAUCCAAAGCUGAAACUGCUUAGUCAGGAUAUUUGCGGUCUAAACCCAUACCCAUUCGACAAAGAAAGUGAUAAACCAAUAUUUCUCACUUAUCCUUGGGUUGGACUAUUAGAAUAUACUCAACAGGGAGUUCGAGAACGGAAAACCCUGUGUCAUGCUAUACUAAUUAGUGAACGCUACUUGGUGACGGCAGCACAGUGCGUGUAUAACACAAAAAAUUAUAAGCCCACGGCCAUUCGACUUGGUGAGUUCGAUACUUCCAGCAGUCAGGACUGCGAUGAACUGGACGGUCACUCAAUUUGUGCACCUCCGACACAAACUCUCAACAUUGAAACCGUUACCGUCCAUCAUCAGUACAAUAAACCACGUUUCGCUAACGAUGUAGCCCUGAUUCGCCUUCGCCAAGCGGCGGACAUUUCCCAGGAGAACGUCAAACCAAUCUGCCUGCCGCUGUCGAAAACACUGCGCAGUUUCAAACCACCUACCUUUACCCGUGUCGGUUGGAAGGGUAGCACUACACAACCACGCGUCCAGCGGGCGGAGGUAACCGUCGUUGAGUCCGUCACCUGUCAGCGACUGUACAAUGAAAAUCGAGUUCCGCUGGAGAAAACAUUCCGGCAGAUUUGCGUCGAACGCGAUGCAGCCGCCGCUGGUUGUGUGUUUGACGUGUCCGCCGCUCCCCUGCAGGCCGUGCAGACAGUGGACGGCAGUCCGCGUUACGUUCUACACGGAUUACUUUCGUUCGGUCCGAGUAAAUGCCAUCUCCAGUUCCCGGAUGUAUACACCAACAUCGGCACCUAUCUGUCAUGGAUUUUGGAUAAUAUUCAGGAAUAGAUUCGCGCUGCUUUUAAGGACUAUAUAUUUUGUCGAUACGAGAUUACACUGGUUUGCAGAAAACUUAAUACUGAUUAGAAAUAGAAAUAAAUACACCUUGUUUUUUGAAUAGUAGUUUUUCCUUUUCGCAAAAUGAAAAAUAUCUU